AUGCACUUCGCAUACCCCCCUCGCAAGAACUCGGACCCUCCACCUUUCCGACCGAGAGCCACACAACUACCACCAUUUCUACGACGAGCUCGCCCGAGGACACUGGUGCUACUUCUCCUAGGAGCUAUUGGAUGUCUAUGGCUUCUUUUUGGAUCGCGGGGAGAGACACCAUACCGCGAGCAUGUGCCAUCAGGAAACCCUCCAGUGGUGAUCCUGACGGUUCUCGAUAAUAGGCAAUACAGCUCAGCUUACCUCAAGUCGAUCCAAAACAACCGCGAGCAGUAUGCGGCGAAGCACGGAUACGAGGCCAUGGUCGUGAAGGCGACAGACUACAACACUGGCAAAUCUCCCCGCUCGUGGGCCAAGAUCAUCGCCAUGCGCCAUGCGCUGUCGCAGUACCCCGAUGCCACCUUCGUUUGGUUCCUGGAUCAGAAUGCCUACAUUAUGGACCUCGACCGGACUCUGGAGGCGCAGGUCAUGGCGCCGGCCAAGCUGGAGAGCUUGAUGAUCAAGGACUGGCCAGUCGUGCCCCCGGAUAGCAUCAUUAAGACUUUUAGCCAUCUCAAGGGCGGGGAUGCGGCCCUCAUCAUCAGCCAGGACGAUACAGGCCUCGUGACUAACAGCUACGUCCUCCGAAACGGCGACUGGGCCAAGUUCUUUAUCGAGACGUGGAUGGAUCCUCUGUACCAGAGCUACAACUUUCAGAAGGCCGAGCGACACGCUCUUGAGCACAUUGUGCAAUGGCAUCCCACGAUCCUCUCCAAGCUCGCGCUCGUGCCGCAGCGGACGUUUGCCUCGUACGGACGCAACAAGGAGGGCAACGCGUACCGGGACGGCGACUUUGUCACGCUCAUGGUGGACUGCACCAUCUCGGGUGCCAUGUCCUGCGAGAAGCUGUCGCAUUACUACCAGCAGCAGCUGACGACAAAGUACGGCGACGCUGCGGCGGCGAGGAGAUGA